AGAAUGUCUUCUGUGUCUGCUGUGUAUCUUCUAAGCCAGUUGUGUUAGCCUUCCAGCUAAUUGACUAAUAGAAUUAAUAAUAGUAAAAGCAAAACACAACAAAAAGCAUUGUAGAGCCACAUGCCUUAUGAAGUCAAUGCUGGGUAUGAUUUUACAAAUAUGGUCCGGAAAAAGAAUCCCCCUCUAAGAAACGUUGUUAGAGAAGGAGAAACAGAGACCCUUCAGUCGCCAGGUACAGAAAGUGACAAUACUGAAAGAAAAGAAGAAAUUUCUGCCGGUCAGAUGCAAGACAACACUGAGUUGGGUGAGGCUGUGGAGCAAAAUGAUGAGAACUUUUGCACGCAUGUCCCAGAGCCAUCUCCCAGCUCUAAAAAGGACUUGAAAAGCUCUACAACGAGUGAAAAGGCUGGCUUCAAUUAUGAAAGCCACAAUAAGGGAGGAAAUGUUCCAUCCUUCCCUCAUGAUGAGAUGACAGACAGAAAUAUGCCGGCCUUCUCAUCUCCAGCUGUUGGGGGAAUCUCUGAGUCCUUGAAGUCUCCUCUCAGAUCAGAUGCAGAUGACACCCAAGAUGUGGCCUGCAACCUGUCAGUAGAUCUGACGGAGAAAAGUGAAGAGACUCGCACGUCACCAAAAUCUAUGGAUGAAACAAUGCAUGUGCAAAGUGGUCAAGCUGAGGGCCGGGGAAGCCCAGCCUCAUUGGCCUCAAAAAACCCACAAGUGCCUUCUGAUGGGGACUUAAGGCCAAUCAAAUUGAAAGCAGAUUUGUCAGCAACUGAGAACCCAGAUACGGCGCCUCUGUCUCCAGAGCUUCAGGACUUCAAAUGCAACAUCUGUGGCUAUGGUUACUAUGGGAACGACCCCACAGAUCUUAUAAAACACUUCCGCAAGUACCACCUCGGGCUACACAACCGCACCAGGCAGGAUGCUGAGCUCGACACUAAAAUUUUGGCUCUCCACAAUAUGGUGCAGUUCAGCCAUUCCAAAGACUUCCAGAAAGUCAACUGUUCUGUGCUGUCGGGGGUUCUACAGGACAUCAGUUCCCAAAGGCCUGUUUUGCUAAACGGGACUUACGAUGUGCAGGUAACCUUAGGUGGGACCUUUAUUGGCAUUGGACGCAAAACUCCAGAUUGCCAAGGGAACACCAAAUAUUUCCGCUGCAAGUUCUGCAAUUUUACCUACAUGGGCAAUUCUUCAACAGAGUUGGAACAACACUUCUUGCAGACCCAUCCGAACAAGAUCAAGGCCUCCCUUCCUGUCUCUGAAGGCAGCAAAGCCACAGAGAGAAACUCGAACAAGUCCAGUCCUACUGUUCGAUCGGGUGAGAUGGCAGAUUUGGCGAAAUGGCAGGACAAGAUCACCAUCAGAUGUGGAGAUGACACUCCAGUUGGCUAUUCGGUGCCCAUCAAGCCUCUUGAAUCCUCAAGACAAAACGGUACGGAUGCCUCCAGUUACUACUGGUGCAAAUUCUGCAGCUUUAGUUGUGAAUCCUCCAGCUCUCUCAAACUGUUAGAACAUUACAGCAAGCACCAUGGGGGGAGCCAGGCAGGGGGCCCUCACCCAAAUCGGAAUGACAAGCUCUCGAGGGGGUCAGUCAUUAAUCACAAUGACAUAACCAAAAAUGCAGACGGAGAGUUAGCGACAAAGAGCGAGAAAGGCUCUAGCAUGGCCAAAAAGAAAGACUUUUCCAGCUCAGGAGUGGAGGACCACGUGGUGACAAGCUACAAUUGUCAGUUUUGUGAUUUUAGGUACUCAAAGAGCCAUGGCCCAAAUGUAAUAGUGGUGGGGCCUCUUCUUCGUCAUUAUCAGCAGCUACACAACAUUCAUAAAUGUACUAUUAAGCACUGUCAGUUUUGUCCCCGAGGCCUCUGUAGUCCAGAAAAGCACCUUGGAGAAAUUACUUAUCCUUUUGCUUGCAGGAAAAGUAAUUGUUCCCAUUGUGCUCUCUUGCUCUUGCACUUGUCCCCUGGGAUGCCAGGAGGCACCAGAGUCAAGCAUCAGUGUCAUCAGUGCUCUUUCUCCACCCCUGAUGUAGACGUUCUCCUGCUUCACUAUGAAACCACACACGAAGCCCAGGUGUCUGAAGUCAAGCAAGAAGCAAAUGCCCUGCAAGGGGGGGAUGGACCACUGACUGUCAAAGAAAGCAAAGAACACUCGUGUACCAAAUGUGACUUUGUCACUCAGGUAGAGGAGGAGAUUUCUCGACACUACAGGAGAGUCCAUAAUUGUUAUAAAUGCCGUCAGUGCAGUUUUACAGCGCUUGACACACAAUCCUUACUGGAACACUUCAACACUGUGCACUGUCAAGAAAUGGACAUCACCACAGCCAAUGGGGAAGAUAGCCAUGGGAUGAUGGCUGCUCUCAAGGAAGAAUCCAAAAUUGACCUGAAGGUUUAUAACCUGCUCAGUUCAGAUCCAAAAAUGGGGGAGCCCAUCUUGGAGAGUGUAGUGAAGAAAGAAAAGAUGGAGGAAAAAGAAGGAUCAAAGGAGAAAGGUUGGCCUGAUGGGUCUAGCGAUGAUCUUCGUGGUACAACUUGGAGAGGAGUGGACAUUUUGAGAGGAAGCCCAUCCUAUACCCAAACAAGCUUGGGCCUUCUGACCACGGUGUCGGUUGUUCAAGAGCAGCCAAAGGCUUUGAGGGAUAGUCCAAAUGUAGAAGCUGCUCAUCUUGCAAGGCCUGUUUAUAGCUUGCCUGUUGAGACCAAGGGAUUCCUGCAGGGCAUGCCCCAAGGAAGCGGAGAAAAAUCUGGACCACUUUCUCAGCCGUAUCCUGGAUCUGCUGAUAACAAGUCAAAGGAUGAAUCUCAAUCCCUUUUACGGAGACGUAGAGGCUCGGGUGUUUUUUGUGCCAAUUGCCUGACCACAAAGACCUCACUCUGGCGAAAGAACGCAAAUGGAGGAUAUGUCUGCAAUGCGUGUGGUCUCUACCAGAAGCUUCAUUCGACUCCCAGGCCUUUAAACAUCAUUAAGCAGAACAACGGUGAGCAGAUCAUUAGGAGACGGACAAGAAAACGCCUUAACCCAGAGGCACUUCAGGCUGAGCAGCUAAACAAACAACAGAGAGGGAACAGCGAGGAACAAGUCAACGGCAGCCCAUUAGAUAGGAGGUCAGAGGAUCAUUUAACAGAAGGUCAUCAGAGAGAAAUCCAGCUUCCCAGCCUAAGUAAAUAUGAAGCCCAGGGUUCAUUGACUAAAAGCCAUUCAGCUCCUCAGUCAAUACUGGUCGGCCAAUCUCUGGAUAUUCAUAAAAGGAUGCAACCUUUGCACAUUCAGAUAAAAAGUCCUCAGGAAAGUUCUGGAGACCCAGGCAAUAGUUCCUCUAUAUCAGAAGGAAAAGGAAGCUCAGAGAGAGGCAGUCCGAUAGAGAAAUACAUGAGACCUGCUAAACACCUAAACUAUUCACCACCUGGGAGCCCUAUUGAGAAGUACCAGUACCCACUUUUCGGGCUUCCGUUUGUACACAAUGAGUUUCAAAGUGAAGCCGAUUGGCUGAGAUUCUGGAGUAAAUAUAAGCUGUCCGUUCCUGGGAAUCCACACUACUUGAGUCAUGUGCCUGGCCUACCAAAUCCUUGCCAAAACUAUGUGCCUUAUCCCACCUUUAAUCUGCCUCCUCAUUUUUCAGCUGUUGGAUCUGACAAUGACAUUCCUCUAGAUUUGGCGAUAAAACAUUCCAGACCUGGGGCAACUGCAAAUGGUGCCUCUAAGGAGAAAGCUAAGACAGCAUCAAAUGUAAAAAAUGAAGGUUCCUUGAAUGUAGUUAAAACCGAGAAAGUUGACCGAAGUACUCAAGAUGAUCUUUCAACCAAGUGUGUGCACUGUGGCAUUGUCUUUCUGGAUGAAGUGAUGUAUGCCUUGCAUAUGAGUUGCCAUGGUGACAGUGGACCUUUUCAAUGCAGCAUAUGCCAAUAUUUUUGCACGGACAAGUAUGACUUCACCACUCACAUCCAGAGGGGCCUACAUAAGAACAAUGCACAAGCGGAAACGAAUGGCAAGCCGAAAGAGUAAAAUAAAAUAAAUAAAAUAAAAUAAAAACCUUAGCACUUAGCACAAUUAAACAGAAAUAGGUUUCCUUGAUGGGAAUUCAAUAGCUUGUAAUGUCUUAAGCACUUCAUAUAGCAAGCAUGCCUUAUCCAAUAUACAAUCUUUACUUCUUCCCUCCUUUUUGCUUCAUACGAGCAAACUAAAAGUUCUUAAGAAAGACAAUUAUUAAAAAAAAAAAAGGAUGGCAGCUGGAAUGGGGGAGGGGUAAAGGAAUCAAUCACUCGGGACCCAUCCUGCAAAAAAAAAAUUAUAAAUAAGAAAGAAAAAAAUCUAUACAAAAGACACUAUAUCAGGGAAGGUCUCUUUGCAAAACUUAACCAGGCAAAUAAUGCUUUUGUUCUUGUACGAGAAACAUAGCUGGCUAGAAUGCAAAGAUGUAUAAUGCUGAAGCAGGUGUACAGUACACAUAUGCACAUUGUAUAGUGAAAUGGACUUGUUAAAUAAACUGAUGCCCAGAAAUCUAGUAGUAUUUUUUUUCUCCAUUUGGGUUCGCUUUUGGCCU